UUGGGCGCAGCACUAUUCCCGCCUCUUCCUUGGGUCGCGAGCGCCGAACUCAUCGAACGCAGCCAAUGGGUGACACAACGGCAGCGCGGCGGGAGGUUCGAUUGACCCGGUCUUGGCGGGUCUGUGAGUCUUGGCGGCUGUUAACGCGCGCUUUGGGAACAGGAAGGUUGAGAGAGAGGUGCUGGGGUCUGCGUCUAUCUCCGUCACUCUUUUCAGCCCCCUCCUGGUAUUCCCCUCCUAACCUGGGUCUUUUACAAGCCCCGCGUGGCUUCCUGCUCGACCUCCCUGAGUCUGAUCCUGGUUUCCACCUCCAGCCCUGGGAAAUCUCCUUUAUCCGGACUCGCCCUCCCCACCCGGGCCUCGGACUUUCACCACAGCUUCUCUCUCCUGGCCAGUGAUUACCCACCCCCACUCCCACCCCGCCCCGCCGCGCAACGACCUCCUCCCUUCACCCGGACUGGGACCAUCAUCCCCACUCCACUCCGCCCAGUCUGGGACUCCACCUGCCUCCUCCCCAAUCCCACACUAAUCUCUGCUUGGUCUCUUCCUCUUUGGCCUAAUCUCUCGUCUCGGCUUACUGGGGACGGCCACUCUCACAGUUUGGGUCCAAACCCCAGUUCCUGGAUGGAUUCCUGCCAUCCAUGCCCCCUCUUUGAUUAGCUGGUCCUCUCAAUAAUGUAGCAGCCCCCUCUACAGAUUAGACCCUGGUCCUACACUCUUAGCCGCUGCCUGCUUUUGACCUUUGGCUCAUGGGUACUUGACGUUUUAAACUCCUAGGCCCAGGAUGAGGAGGAGCUUGGCUCCCAGCCAGCUGGCCAAGAGACAGCCUGAACGCAGGUCCUGUGAUGAUGAAGACUGGCAACCUGGCCUAGUGACUCCUAGGAAACGGAAAUCCAGCAGUGAGACCCAGAUCCAGGAGUGUUUCCUGUCUCCUUUUCGGAAACCUUUGAGUCAGCUAACCAAUCAACCACCUUGUCUGGACAGCAGUCAGCAUGAAGCAUUUAUUCGAAGCAUUUUGUCAAAGCCUUUCAAAGUCCCCAUUCCAAAUUAUCAAGGUCCUCUGGGCUCUCGGGCAUUGGGCCUGAAAAGGGCUGGGGUCCGCCGGGCCCUCCAUGACCCCCUGGAAAAAGAUGCCUUGGUUCUGUAUGAGCCUCCCCCACUGAGCGCUCAUGACCAGCUGAAGCUUGACAAGGAGAAACUCCCUGUCCAUGUGGUUGUUGACCCUAUUCUCAGUAAGGUUUUGCGGCCUCAUCAGAGAGAGGGAGUGAAAUUCCUUUGGGAGUGUGUCACCAGUCGGCGCAUCCCUGGCAGCCAUGGCUGCAUCAUGGCUGAUGAGAUGGGCCUGGGAAAGACGCUGCAGUGCAUCACAUUGAUGUGGACACUUUUACGCCAGAGUCCAGAGUGCAAGCCAGAAAUUGACAAGGCAGUGGUGGUGUCGCCUUCCAGCCUGGUGAAGAACUGGUACAAUGAGGUUGGGAAAUGGCUCGGAGGGAGGAUCCAACCUCUGGCCAUCGAUGGAGGAUCUAAGGACGAAAUAGACCAAAAGCUGGAAGGAUUCAUGAAUCAGCGUGGAGCCAGAGUGCCUUCUCCCAUCCUCAUCAUUUCCUAUGAGACCUUCCGCCUUCAUGUUGGAGUCCUCCAGAAAGGAAGUGUUGGUCUGGUCAUAUGUGACGAGGGACACAGGCUCAAGAACUCUGAGAAUCAGACUUACCAAGCCCUGGACAGCUUGAACACCAGCCGGCGGGUGCUCAUCUCCGGAACUCCCAUCCAGAAUGAUCUGCUUGAGUAUUUCAGCUUGGUACAUUUUGUUAAUUCCGGCAUCCUAGGGACUGCCCACGAAUUCAAGAAGCAUUUUGAAUUGCCAAUUUUGAAGGGUCGAGAUGCUGCUGCUAGUGAGGCAGACAGGCAGCUAGGAGAGGAGCGGCUGCGGGAGCUCACCAGCAUUGUGAAUAGAUGCCUGAUACGAAGGACUUCCGAUAUCCUUUCUAAAUAUCUGCCUGUGAAGAUUGAGCAGGUCGUUUGUUGUAGGCUGACACCCCUUCAGACUGAGUUAUACAAGAGGUUUCUGAGACAAGCCAAACCGGAAGAAGAAUUGCGUGAGGGCAAGAUGAGCGUGUCUUCCCUUUCUUCCAUCACCUCACUAAAGAAGCUUUGUAAUCAUCCAGCUCUAAUCCAUGAUAAGUGUGUGGAAGAGGAGGAUGGCUUUGUGGGUGCCUUGGACCUCUUCCCUCCUGGUUAUAACUCUAAGACCCUGGAGCCCCAGCUGUCAGGUAAGAUGCUCGUCCUGGAUUAUAUUCUGGCGGUGACCCGAAGCCGUAGCAGUGACAAAGUAGUGCUGGUGUCGAAUUACACCCAGACUUUGGAUCUCUUUGAGAAGCUGUGCCGUGCCCGAAGCUUUAUUUUCUUGGAUCUCGAAUCCCCCUUCAGGUACCUAUACGUCCGCCUGGAUGGCACGAUGUCCAUUAAGAAGCGAGCCAAGGUUGUAGAACGCUUCAAUAGUCCAUCGAGCCCUGACUUUGUCUUCAUGCUGAGCAGCAAAGCUGGGGGCUGUGGCCUCAAUCUCAUUGGGGCUAACCGGCUGGUCAUGUUUGACCCUGACUGGAACCCAGCCAAUGAUGAACAAGCCAUGGCCCGGGUCUGGCGAGAUGGUCAAAAGAAGACUUGCUAUAUCUACCGCCUGCUGUCUGCAGGGACCAUUGAGGAGAAGAUCUUCCAGCGUCAGAGCCACAAGAAGGCACUGAGCAGCUGUGUGGUGGACGAGGAGCAGGAUGUAGAGCGCCACUUCUCUCUGGGCGAGUUGAAGGAGCUGUUUAUCCUGGAUGAAGCUAGCCUCAGUGACACACAUGACAGGUUGCACUGCCGACGUUGUGUCAACGGCCGUCAGAUCCGGCCACCCCCUGAUGGUUCUGACUGCACUUCAGACCUGGCUCAGUGGAACCACUGCACUGAUAAGUGGGGGCUCCGGGAUGAGGUACUCCAGGCUGCCUGGGAUGCUGCCUCCACUGCCAUCACCUUCGUCUUCCACCAGCGUUCUCAUGAGGAGCAGCGGGGCCUCCGCUGAUAACCAGCCGGUCUGGGUGUAGCUCUUAGAGGAAGGAGAUAGGGAAAAGGGGCUCCUUGCUCCACAGGGCCCUGUUGAAUUUUGUUCUCUGGGAGAAAAUCAUCAAGAAGGGCUGCAUGAUGUUUGCCCAAAAUUUAUUUUAUAAGAAAAACUUUUUUGGUUAAAAAAAAGAAUAAAGGUAUGAAAGGGU